UCUUAAACUCCCAACAACUGUCAGCUUAAUUUAUUCUAUUGGGCUAAAGUUUAAUCAAUAGCCAUCCGUUUAGUGAUAUUAAGCAUUCAAUUUGAAUCGUAUAUAUUAAUGUAUUUCUAUUCUAAAACUAUAUAUUAAUGUAAGUAAAGAAGAAAGACAACAAAGGCGGCUUUUAGGGUUCCGAUAUCGCAAUUUCCUCCGACCGUUUUGUUCUCCCCACAUCGUAACCUUAAAGGCCUCUGCAACUCCUUGAUCCGCCAGCCAUUAAUGGCGGCGGCCAAUGAUCAGGAUUCAGGUACUUCCCAGCCGUUAUAUGCGGCGGCCAUCUGCCGCGUGGCCGUGGCUCAGAUCUGCCUCAACGCCGGUUACCGGAGGGCAGAAGCCGCCGCACUCCGAGCCCUCACUGAUAUCGCCAUCCGCUACAUCAGAAUCGUCGCCGGAGACGCCGCAUCCGCCGCCAACUCCCGUGGCCGGACGCAAUCCAACAUCUUCGACCUCGCAAUUGUCCUCGAGAGCGCGGCCACCGGCCGCGGCUACGCCGGCGCCUCCGACCUCACUCGCCCGCUUCUCGGGUCCUCAGUACUGCGCGAGCUACGAGCCUUCGUCGCCGCCGUCGACGAGAUCCCGUUCCCCCGGCCUAUUCGCCGGCAGAUGGGGACGGAUAAUACUAGAAAGCCGAGUCCGAGUUUCGCGCAGGUUGGGAAGGAACCACCAUUGCCCCACGUGCCGAGUUGGUUGCCGUGUUUUCCCGAGGGCUGGGAGAGAGAGACGGAUUCACCUGAGGUUUUUGACAAGAAAGUGCAGACGCCGGCGAUGGAGAAGGUGAAAGGGAGGGAUAUGAUGAUAGAGAGGGAAAGAGUGAGAUUUAGGUUAGGGUUUGGAGGCGAUAAAAGGAACGGGAAGAGGAAAAGAGAUGGGGGUUGUGAGAGGCGAGAUCUGGCGGAGGAUAUGUUGUCGGGGUCGUGAUUCGAACUGUGUUUAUUUGUGCACACAUCAAAAGGAUUUUUGAAGAAGGCGUCGCCAGUAGAACAUACAGUGAUAAUGUACCUAUAUGGUUUAAUAAUAAUUUAUUUGCUUCUUUUUUGGGUU